AUUUAAACCCCCCUCCUUAUCUCUUCAAAGCCCUCUUAUCUCAUACGUUCACUCUCAGAUAUUAGCAGAAUGAGUGAGAAAGAAACUGAAAUGGUUCAUACCGACUCUGCUGCUUCUGCCUCCGAAGCGACCCCUGAUGGUGCUGUCGCUCCCACCAAGGGAGAGCUCAAAAGACGACAGAAGGAAGCUGAGAAGGCUCAGAAAGCUGAAGCUCGGAAAGCGAAGGAGGAAGAAGAGAAAAAGAAGAGGGAAGCGUUGGCGGCACAGGAUUUCGCGAGUCAGAAUUAUGGGAAAUUGCCUUUGCAUCAGAGUCAAGAGAGGACUGGUCAAAAACGAGUCAAGUUCUCAGAGUUAGACCAGUCUUUCGUCGGCCAACGUGUUAUAUUCCGAGCCAGAGUUCAUAACAUGCGUCCUCAAGGUGCAAAGAUUGUAUUUUUGACUUUCCGACAACAGAUGUAUACUUUACAAGGUGUACUGGUUGUCACUGGAGAAAAUUCUGAACAUGCGGUUUCCAAGCAGAUGUUGAAGUUUUCUCAAUUGAUACCGUCCGAAUCCCUCGUCGUGAUCGAAGGUGUUAUCAAAGCCGCUGAAGUCAAAUCGUGUUCCAUCACAGACCUCGAGAUCAGUAUUCAGAAGCUCUUCGCCGCUGUCGAAGUCACCGUGCCGGAUCUUCCUUUCUCCAUAGACGAUGCCUCCCGACCAGAAUCGGACUUCGCAAGGAUGGAAACGGAAGAUGUUCAAUUCUCCCGAGUGUCUUUACCGACCCGACUAGACAACAGAGUCAUGGAUCUUCGAACCCCGACCAACCAGGCUAUCUUCAGAAUCCAGUCGGGUAUCUGUCAGAUGUUCCGCGAUCACCUAAACUCUCAGGGUUUCAUUGAGAUACAUUCUCCUAAGCUCCAAGGCGCUGCUACGGAGAGCGGAGCUAGUGUCUUCAAAGUACAAUAUUUCAAUGGCAUUGCUUUUUUGGCUCAAAGUCCUCAAUUGGCAAAACAAAUGUGUAUCGCUGGAGAUAUGGAGCGUGUAUACGAGAUUGCGCCUGUUUUCCGUGCAGAAGAUUCCAACACUCAUAGACACAUGACGGAAUUCGUUGGACUGGAUCUCGAAAUGGCCAUCGAGGAACAUUAUCACGAGGUUGUUGACGUGCUCGACUCUCUCUUUUUGACCAUCUUCAAAGGUCUCAAAGAGAAGUACUCGAGGGAAAUCGAAACAAUCAAGAAACAGUUCCCAUGUGACGAUUUUGUGUUUUUGGACAAGACUCUCAGACUACCAUUCAGUGAAGGAAUGAAGAUGUUGAAGGAAGCUGGAGCUAAGGAUGGAGAGGGAAAUCCCAUCGGCGAGAUGGACGAUAUGAGUACCGAGAACGAAAAACUUCUAGGUCGUUUAGUCCGAGAAAAAUAUCAAACAGACUAUUUCAUUCUUGACAAAUUCCCUUUAUCCAUCCGACCAUUUUACACCAUGCCCGAUCCCACCGACCCAUCUGUGUCCAACUCGUACGACUUUUUCAUGCGUGGUGAAGAAAUCCUUUCUGGUGCACAACGUAUUCACGAUCCCACUUUCCUAACUGAACGUAUGAAAGUAGCGGGUAUCGAUCCCGCUACCAUGCAGGGGUAUCUGGAUGCUUUCAGACUGGGUGCUCCACCUCAUGGUGGUGGUGGUAUAGGAUUAGAGAGGGUGCUCAUGUUGUAUUUGAAAUUGGGGAAUAUAAGAAGGGCAAGUUUGUUCCCUCGUGAUCCGAAGAGGUUGACACCGUGAGGGUCGUUCAAAUCAUCAAUAUUGUUGGUAUCUACUUAUCUCCUCUGAGAUUUCAAGACUACAGAACUCUUACGCGAGGAUACUUUAUGAGAAGGGGACUGAGUUAUUUCUCAGAAUUAUCAAUGCAUGUCAUGUCCAUAUC